AUGUCGUCAUUCCCGCUGCCGCGGGGCAGUUGGCUCCUCGUGCUCUGCGUCUGCCUCGUCGUACUGCCCGGCAAGGCCGCCGCCUUUGGCGCAGGCAAUAUUCCUUCUAUCGCACAAGUUGAAGGCCACAACUGGCGCCAUGGAGACAUCGAGGACAUGCUUGCCAGCCUCGCGUUCCUCCACGGCAAGAAGUGGAGUUCGAUGCUAAUUAAGCGCACCUACUUUGGCAACUGGCUGCGCGACUACUCGCAGGCCGUCGACGUCGGCAGCUUGAAGGGAGUCAAUGCCGCCACCAUUCGCAUUCUGGUCUGGGUCCUUUCGUUCAUGGCAUUUGGCUAUGCCACUGAAGAGUUCGAAGUCACCGAAGAGCGCCUCGGCUGCUACCGUCCCGAAGAGCACAUCGACAACCCCAAGGGCUACGCAGAUGGCCUCGAUGCGCGCAAGUUCGACCCGCGCCUGCGCGGACCCGUCGAUCCCGUGGAGACGGAGAUCGAUCUUAAGACUGGGAUGAAAAACUACAUCGCCAACGAGACGGGGCAUUGGGCUACCAGCGCAGGCUAUCUCCGGUUCAGCUUUGCGCGCAGCAUCCACUUCGGCCGCCUGUACACCUGCGGCUCCCAGGGCAAGGGCAAGGACGAGAACCUCUGCGAGGCCCUUCGGUGCCUGGGCCAGGCCCUGCACUGCAUGGAGGACUUUGGCGCCCACAGCAACUACUGUGAGCUUGCCCUUCGCGAGCUCGGGUAUCACAACGUGUUCCCGCACUGCGGCACCCAGGCCGAGAUCAACAUUCACGGCAAGAGGCUGUACCCCAUCGUCACGGGCACGUUUGGCGCCGUCGACUUUUUGCAUUCGGUCAUCGGCGAGGCCAACGACCACUUCACCCAGUCGGAGGUCGACGAGGUCGACGUCGCGCUCAAGAAUGCCGAGGCGGCCCGAAGCGGUGGCGGCGGCUCCAACUCCAGGGGCCUCUUUGACGGCUCGGGAUCCGGCGACUUCAUCUCGCUGAUCUCGAAGCUUCCUGACGUUGGCUCCGGAUACGCCGAUCAGGCAAGGGACCUGAAGGCCGCCUCCGAGGCUCAGGAGAGGGAGAACCAGGAGCGCAGCCGCGCGGGGGAUAACGUCAACCUCGUUCCCGGCAUGAGCCCCAACUUCGACCCGGUCAAGACCGCGGGACAGAUCUACCCCAUCCUUCAGUUCAGAGACAAGAUCGUCAAGGCGAUUAGCAGGGGUAUCUCCAAGGUCCCCGGUCUCGAGAAGCUCAUCGAGCACAUCAGCGAGACGCUGACGGCGUUCGUUCUGGGCCUCCUCGCGCCGUUCAUCCGCCCCAUCAUCAACCAGGUCUCCAAGGUGCUGAAGGACGGGUCGUCUGGUGUCAUUAGUGCCAGCUCCAACUCGCAGCUGGAGCCCUGGGACAACCCGCGCUGCUCCGACCCAACGCACUCCAUGCUGUCCAAGGACCACUUCACCAACAUUCUCAACUCGUGCGCCGGACGCGUGGCUACCACGAUUCUGCAAUACGCCGUGCCGCGUGUCCUCUUUGCGUGGGAGAACCCCAACGUCCCCGUCGAUGAGGUCGUCAAUGACGUCCUCCGCGCGUUCCACCACCCCGCCCUCCGCAACGAGAGCAUCGAGGUCCAGCGCGACAUGUUCAAGACCGUCAGGAUGUGGGCCGACGAGCACCCCCGCCGUCACCAGCUGGAUCAGCUUCUGGGCUCAGAAUCCGUCAAGAAGGGCAAGAACCAUACCCUGAGCUCGCAGAACAAGAGCGGUGCUGGGGGCCACGGCGCGGGCGGCCACUCGCACGGCCCGUGGGAGUCCUUGAGCCAGCUUGGCCACGGCAAAGUAUCUGGCUCGCUGUGGUCGCAGGUUCACACGCGCGAUCUCAACUCCUUGGAGGGCCGCGACGGUGAUGCCUCGGCCAACUACAUGUCCUCCUCGCCCGCUCCUCCGUCCAGCCAGCGGCCGACUCAGCCCAGCUUUCAACACGGGGAGAGCGCUUCUUACAUGUCUCAGAGCGGCAAUCUGCAGCCAGGCCCGCCAGGCGGUUACUCUGGCCCCUCCCCUCAGCCUAGCCAAUACUACGGGGGCGGCGGCGGCGGUUACAACCAAGCUCCGCCUCCGGGACCGCCCCAAGGAUACGGCGGCCCGCCUCCUGGAGGACAAUGGGCUCCGUCAGGCCCCCCGCCGCCGCAGGGCUACGGCGGCCCUGGCUACGGAGGUCCCGAGUACGGCGGUCCUCCGCCAGGCCAGUAUCCUCCCUAUCAGCAGGGUCCUCCUUCCCAGCAGCCGCCUCCGUCGUGGGGCUCGUACCCCGGACAGCGCUACUGA